AUGUUAGUGUCACAAGUUCAAUUGUUAUGUGAUUUGGCGCAUAAGGUUGCAACAGAUAAGGAUGUCCUGCCGUUGUUUCGCGCUAGGAAAAAGGACAUUGGUGGUUUGCGCACCCAAUGUUCGCUCGAGCAAGACUCUAUUCUCGAUAUUUUGAUUCAACUCCAACGCGAGGAAGAGUAUAACUCAAUUCAUGUACCUAUUGGGAACAAGCUGUCGGAAAACUAUUAUCUGAUUAUGGCGAUUUCCGACGACGUUCUCGUCGAACCUUCUGUGCGUUCAGAACCAACCGGUGUUAAUACCGCGCGCAUACAGUCGCGCAUACAGUUACCAAAAGAUAGAAUUACCUUCAUUUGA